CAAUUUAACCGCUGCACGUCGUUGUAGUCGCUGGUGGCAGCAGCCAUUGCUGUAUGCUUGGCACCGAUAAAAGAGGACAGUUGCGGAGUAAACAGAACAUUGUGGACCAGACAGGCUAAGAUUAGCCGACUGCCCUGAACGAUGGCACGGCUGCUGAAGCGGCAGUCCCAGCCAUCGGGGACUGGCACAGAUGGUGGCCAGGCGGGUGACACCAAGGACUGUGAAAAGCAACCGAACUUCAACAUGGAACACCUCAAGCCAUUUGAGUAUGGCUUUCUGAGGGAAGUUGUAAUGCGGGCUGUCAACCUUGGUACGCCGGAAAGUGGCCGUAAACUGGCAGACGUCUACUACCACACAAGCAGCGGGCAGAAACUGCGAUCAAGGCCCGAAGUUGCAGCAUUCUUGGCUACCAAUCGUGGAGUACCUCUCACUGUCGACCACUUCACCUUUGUUCGUUUGCCCAUCUACAAGCCACCGCAUGAGAUUGUGCGGAACGCGGCACCACGUGGCAGUUCAAUGCCAGUCCCUGCAACUACAGUAGCAUUGGAUGAAGAGAGCAAGAGGACUGCCAGCAUACCAUGUGAGCAAGGACAACACCAUGCAAGUGAAGAAAACAUGAGUGGACGUCGAGUGGCACGCAAGCGCCUUUGCUGCUGUGAGGUGCAGCGUAGCAGCAUCAAGCGGCUGCGUUCAUCAGGGAAUACCCGGUUGCGACGUCCAUUCAGGCAUGACCACAUCCAUCCAGCUGUUAAAACAAGGCUGGCCAGCAAACAUUUCCGGACACGCCACGGACUGCGAAAAGCCACCACGAAGCUGCCUGGUGGACAUUUCAGUUACACUGCCAAGGUGGACAGUCAUAGUAUGCAGGCAACUUCUCCAAAGAAGCUCUCCGAAAGCCAGGUGGCAGCCUCCAAUCACAAGUCUCCAACAAGAAAAGUUGCGGACACACAGCCUAGUGAUUUGGAGCCAGCUUCUCCUCCCCGGAAGCAGGUGUGCUCACCAAAGUCUUCCCCGUCCAACAAAGUGGUGGCAGGGCCUUCAUCACUUAGCAAGGACAAAGGUGUUUUCGAGGAUGGCACAGCAAAUGAGUUGGAAAAGAUAUCAGUAGAGGUUGUGGCGGCGAGCUGCAUGUCUUCUGAGGCAAAGUCAUUGAGAGAGUUCCGGAUAUCAAAACACUUGCAGGCACAACCACGUACCCAAGAGCCUUCUGUGGGCACAUUUAUGAGCACUAGUUCAGCGCGCCCAGUUGUGUUGGUGAAGGAUUUUCUCAAAGGUGGUCAACUGUCGGAUGCUUCGUUGCGAGAAGACAGAAGAAUGCCAACUAAGGAGACAACUCUCGUCGCACCUCAUGUGCGCAGUGACUACUGGCAGAACACGGCUGCCUGGGACAUCUACAAGUUUUUGAAAGCAAGGCAGACUGUCCAGACACCAGAGAACCGAGCCAAGUCGCCUGUGACUGUGGAAGUGUGUUUGGCUGAUCUUUCGACAGACCCAGCCAUAUCGGAUGAAGAUGUGGCAGAAGUCAGCCAAACUCUUCCUGCUCAGCACCUUCCAAGUGUUGCACAGAGCAAAGGGCCAGCAUUCAUCAAAGCAAGCUCUAUGCAAAGAGAACGGGCAUGUGAGCCAUGCAGUCUCAAGUGCCCCACUGCACAAAACAAGACACCGCAGCUGCUAUGCACACGUUGUCUUUGCCUGUUUCAUCCAGUGUGCGUUGGGAUGACAAGUCACCAUCCAGCUGCUGCCAAGGGGCGCUUCAUCUGCAAGGCUUGCACUAAGAAGCCUUACAAAGCUGCAAGAAUGUUGGCAAGCACGAAACAGAUCUCAGAAUCGGAAAAGACCGCUGCAAGUUGCAAGAGCACGAAUUCUAGGCCUGAAAUUACGUGGGUGCAAGUUUUGAAAGAAAAUGCCACGAAAGCAACGCCUCACAAGUCUUUUGCUUCCACAACAGCAGCAGUGCACACACAGUGUCCCAGUUCUUCAACCACAUCAACAGUGACUUGCACAGUACCUGCGUCCUUGUCAGGCUCGCCAGUGGGGAUCACAAGUUUAUCGAGUUGUGCCAACAGAAUGCCUGCAUUGAGUUCAAACAGCACCAUCUCUGUGCCUGUAUUUCACGUGGUGUCAAGUAGCCCAAGACCCUCAACUAGCGGCACGCUCUCCAGACACGUGGCUCAGCGUCCUCGCCUGCCACUCCUGCUGCCGGCUCCUCCACCAAUGACUAGUGGCAACAUGAGGGAGAUGCCUGCACUGAGAGUUCAGUCCAAGGGUCCCCAGAACCUUACAGUGGUUCCAAGUGUCUACUACACAAUCCAAGUGACUCAGAAGCCUGGCAGCAUGAACGGCACAGAGCUGAAAUCUCUGGUCAGUCAGCUGGUUCAGAAGCACCCAGAAGAGCUGCAGAAAAUGGGCAGUGGGCAAACUAUUCUGCUUCAGACGCCUCCACUGUCGGUGCAGGCAGCAAAGACUGUGCAACAAGUUGGCUCCCAGGUGACAGCCAGGGAGCCAGUCUCAAGCUUGCCGGUCACACCUAAUAUUCAAGCAACAAAACUGCCAGUCAUUCCCACACAGCCUUUGAUUGCAACAGGGGCAGUUAUGCCAGAGCCAGUUCCCUCAAAUUUUGUACAAGCAGUCCUCGACGAUGGUGACCAAACGCCUCCAGCUCGGUGCAGUGUGGCAGUGAAGAGCUUGCUUUGCACUCAGCCAAACAUCGUGAACCUCACAGACAUGGCAGCCGGGGCCCUACAGAAGUCGGCAAUUUCACUGCAGCACACCACAUGUGCUGGCACAACGAUGGUGCCAUCUUCUCAACAGGAAUCCCCUGUUGGAGUUGUGAUGCCGACACAAGGGCCACAGAGAACUAUGCACAAUAUUUCUAGCGUCCCCCUUGUGAGUUUUGCAAGUGGACAGUGUCCAGUAACUUCAGACAUACCCGAAACCGGUUGUCGAAAAGAGAUUAUGCCAAAAUUGGAACCAGCAGAACAGCAAUUGCCCCUUGAUGAAGAUAGAGUGAAACACACUAUGCCUGUAGCUACUCAAAGCAGCAAACUAGGUGCAGUAUUUGCGGGUCCACCAGACUGUCAACUGAGUGCAAUUGAUGCAUCUCAAGUCAGCGCUGCUGAGGAGACUAUCUAUGGACUUGACACACUGCCUGAUGACCCGCAACCAUCAUGCAUCAUCACUUCCUCGUAUUCAUUGGCUGGUGAGCACAAGGAGGCAGACCUGUGGCGGUCGUGUGAUGCAUCUGAAGCGGAUGGAACUGUCGAAACUUUGCAGCACCAUUCACCACAUGCUGUUCACGAAACUGUUACAGUUGUGAAGUCAGCAGCUGACACGGAACAGCAGCACCUAAAAGAAAAAUUGCCAGUAAGCUGUGCGUUGGGCGUGCCGUGCUCUCCGAAAGCUGUUAAAAGUUUGCACUCGAAAAGCAAGCGGCAUCAUCGUGUUCUUUCAAGCACCGAUUUGAGUGGAGCAUCCAUCUGGGUUGAUAGUGGUGGCCAGCUGACCUGCGUGCGAGACAAGGCAAAGGCCGCAGCCCAUGCAUUGCAGCUAGAAGAUGCAAUUCCAAACUGUUCAAGAGACAUGCAGAAUUUGACUGAUGGUUUCACUAUCCUGAAUCACAUCUUGCAGUGGCUUCCAGCGCCAUCUCUCUGCAAAGUGGCCCAGGUCUGCCGUGCAUGGAGGAUGUUCUCCCAGAUGCCGCACUUGUGGAAGCGGGUCGACUUCAGACAGUUCCGUGUGCACGACUGGGAUGCGUGCGUGGCCAAGUUAAAACGCAUGCAGAGUGAAGAGCUUGUACUGGAUAAGGACAGCCUGGAUCCUGUGUUGUCUAAUGCCAGCCACUUGGAGGCAGUGCAGCUUGUGAAGGUGGAGGUGAAUCCAUUGCAGCUUGUGUGCUUGGCAGGGGCCUUCCCUCACCUUCGUAGCCUUUCUGCUGUGAUCACUCGAAAAGGCCUCACUGCCAGGGGUGGAGCAGGCGAGCGCCCCAUGCAGCGCCAUCCAGCAUCCCUGGGUGGCCUUUCUGAGCUGCUGUGUGUGGCUGGCCUUGAGCGACUGGAGCUAAGUGGUGCCCACGGCUUGGCUCUCCUGCCCUUAACCAUGCCAACGCACAGCCUGGCCCAACGGUGCCAGCAUUUGCGAGCACUGUCUCUGCUGACGGUGCAGAGUAUGAGCCCAGCCAUGGUGUUCCUCGUCAGCCUCCUGCAUGGCCUGGAAGAGCUGCACUUGGGUGACUGUGUCAGCUGGACCGAAAUGUCAUUUGUCAACAUUGGGAAAUUGAAGCAGCUUCGGUGGCUGACACUUGAGCGUGGUGAGGACAAUGAUGGUUUCCGGACCAUGCUGCUGAGGCUGGAAAAGCUGCAAAGACUGGAUCUCAAGCGAUGGACACUUCGUAACAGUCUUGCAGACACGCUGUGCAAAAUGAGCGAGCUGCGUCGACUCUUGUUUUGGCCUCUGACCACUGGUUUGACUGUGAAGACAAACCGGAACAUCCUACGAUCGUGUCUAGCUGCUGGAUCCAAGCUGGAACGAAUAACGUGGAUUGUGAACUGCAAGCUGCUUGGGGCUCCAUUCAACGUGCAGCAGGCUGCACUGGAUGUAAACUUGGCAUUUGAGUCGGGAACUCUGUGCAAGUGCCCACCCCCUGUUGCUACUGCUUACUAUGCUCGCGUUGUGCCACCAGUUGCUGGUGACAAUGCAAAAGGUCCACGAGCUCGAAAGAGUGUGCCGAACAGUAGUGAAGCUGAACCUCGUUCUUCCAGUGACACCUCUCCUGCCCGCCUCGCACACAGUCACAGUUCAGCACAGGCUAAUUCUUCAACGUUGUUGGAGCAUUCACAAAAGCUGCCACCCUGUUGUGCACUUGCAAAGGCACUUCUCGAGGUGUGGAAGCCCAACAUGCAUCACACCUGGCACAUGACACUUGGACAGUUGUGCCAGGGCCUUAAACACUGCCUUGGACCUAACAGCGCUGUUUGCAUUUGCAUUCGUGUCGAGCAGUAAACUGUGCGCUGGUAUUGUGCUGCUCAGUACGCAACUUGAAGGUGUUCAGUGUGUUGUUGUUGGUGCAUCGAAAAAAAAGAUGCCGGUCUUGUGAAUAACUUGCAUGCAAAGUAUCCCCGAAGACAGUUGGCCCUGAUCGGCCAGUCUUGUGAAAUUGUUGAGUCAGUGUACCCAUGCACUUCAUCCUUUGCAUUUGGACUAUGCGGGGCAUUGACUGUUUCUUUCAUCAUAAAGUUCUUUUUCUGCUUGACAACACAGCACCACUACAAUUCCUAAUGCGCAAGACAAGCGCUUUGAUUUUGUCUUUCCUUUCACAAUGCAAACUCAUGUUUAGCAACUUGAGUAUGCCUGUACGCAGUGCAGUUCAUAAGACAUGCAAGAAAAUUGAGGUAUAGAGUGAACACACAAUCAAACAAAAUAAGGUUUCACGUGUUUGCUAGCCAUCAACAGUAUUUCAUCUUCAGCAACCUGUAUUAGUACAACAAAGCCACUGCCAUAGGACAUGUGUAAGUCACUUCAGGAAAGCCUAGAUAACCCAAACACAGUCAUGAUAGACAUGCCAAAUGAACAGUAUAAACAGGAGCUUGUCUUGUGUUUGCUCUUUUUGCACUAAUUUAUGCCACCAUCACCCCUUUUCUGUUGAUAAAAGUACGAGGGAGCAAAAUAAGCCUCAGGUUUUGUAAGUCUUCUUUUGCAAAAGGCUUUACUGAGGUGCUUCACAAAUGUCGUGUGGCAACACUGCAGGAACACUUGUAUGUUUUAUUAUUGUGACCAGAACACAUUAUUUCGCAUCUUUUCUUGUUUCCAGCGUAUUCUUAAACUCCUGUUUUUGAAAAACACUUCUAAAGCAUGUUUGACCAAUAUGUUGUUUUACCUCUUCACUGAGCAGUGUAUAUCUAUCUCAUUGCCAAGAACAGUGCAGUCAGGAGCAAGGAAAAUGUUCCAUAUUACGGUGCUUGAAAAGCUACUGUGUUACAAAGCAAAGUUUGGUACGAAAAAAAAUGUUUCGUGCGUCCAUUCUUUCACUGCUUUGGGAAAUGUUUGAAAGUUCAUGAAGGAAGAAACAGGGCUUGCACCAGGUCACAGCUUUCUUUCUAAACCUCUUCAUGAAGGCACCCAAAGAGUGCAGUCACACAGCCUCCAAGUGCUGACAAAGGGCUGCCAUUUAUGUAGUAAAAAGCAAACACCAUCAUAAAUGUGGCUAUCAAGUGCUUACACUGUGCAGCUGUCUUCAUAGUAGAACAAUUAAAAGCAUGCGCUCCGUUUGUACAAACAGCCUUGAAUGCGAGUAGUGCAGAGGACGAGAUGGAGUAUUGCAUUGGCCAACAAGGCUGUUUCAAAGCACAUCUCCAGGCCCCAUUGCCCCAUUUGGUUUUGCACUGGACAUUCUAAGGCACGGGAGGGACUCACUGUUUGACCACUUGGAAGAGAUUGGAGCACCGUCUCAUUGCCAUGCUGCAUCUAGGAGGCAAGCUCCACUGUCCAAGCAUCUGCAGCUGGAGCACCGCACUGUCUCGAGUGCAGAUGGCGUGAUGCUCAUGAGACCAGGCCCACUUCUUUCUCUCUUGCUUUGCAGUGCGAUGGCAUUCUAUAUUAUACAUUAGAUACCAAAGUCAUGUGACACACUUAUGUGACUUUCACAACCUCCUAAAGCAUUGCUCUCUUAAGGGGUUGCUAAGAGUGAAAAGAGAAAAGAAGGUUUUUAUUACGCUAUUAAAAUCUACUGCUACUUUUUUUUCAUGUAGCAUCUAUUAUAGAUCUUACAAAAUCAGCAUUUCAUCCGUAUUUCAGUUUUAUGCUAUGUGUACGAGCUGAAUCUCACAUGCAUCGGGUCAUUUAUUUUGUCGUCGUAGUAUUUCACGAUCUAGAACAGCUAGUGCUAUAAGUAUUUGUUUACUUUAAAGCCAACCUGCAUAUCACAAAUGCUUAGAGCAGAAUUAUAAUUUCCUCAACAUACAUUUUUAAAAUUUGAUUUUCUGGUUUUUUUUUAUGGUAGCCAUGGGUCACGUGCAGAAUGACUAAUUACUAUUUGAUUUUGAAAACUGCUUGCAGUCCUCCACUUGUUGCAUUUCUCUUGAAGCAUUUGACACACAAGAAAAAAAUUGUUGCAUAUUUGAAAUCGGCACAAAGAACUAAACAAGCUGUUUAGUAUUUUCAUCAGGCUUGACCACAAAAUACACAACCCACGUCCCCUCUUAAGCAAGGGCACUUUACCGGCCAUUUUAACACUGUGAAGGUGUUUCAUAUUUUGCUGACACAAUUGCUGCCUAGAGAUGCGCAUUGUUUGUUUGCAAGAAGAGCCAGGAUAGGGGCCAGUUGGUUGUACGUGGUGUAAACUUUGCGUGCUACAAGCAUAAGAGUGGACGAGGAAAAAACAAUACGCUGUGUUGAAGAACCAUGUGUUGUCCCGUAUCGUUCUUUCCUCAUCCACUCUUGUAGCGCGCAAAGUUUGUUUGCAAUACUCUUUAAGAGGUUAAUAAAGGUUUUGGGGUUGCUAGUGCUCAUACUCGUUUCCAUUGUAUGACCGUAGAAAAAAUGCUGUGAAUAAGCAGAAGCAUCCUAACUGGCUAAUUAAAUUUAUUGUACCUCUGUUGUUACUCUCAAAGUGUAGAGUUCACUUUACACUAUUUUGCAAAGCUGCUUUGUCUUGACUAUAUUUUUUGCAGUGUCCAAAUUCCGAGGGAAGUAUGCAGCCUAUAUAAAUCCUGUACUGUGAAUCACUGUAGCGAUUUUGUGUUUAUUUUCGAAUGAGGUGUAAUCCUGAGUGGAAUCUUUCUCCUAGUUUACUUUGUGAACGAUGAAACAUAAGUUUUUAUUUUCUUCAUUUUUAAUGUAUUAGGGCUCUGCUGACCUGUUUGCUUUCUUUUCUUUUCAAGUAUGGCCACUUCAAAGUAUGCAGUGUGUGGAUGACUUUGAGCAUAUUCCAAAACACUCUAGGGCAUGUAGCUCUUAUUUUCAUUUUGUAUAGAUCGCCUGGUAAAGUUCGAGCUUUUUUUAUUGAUCGCAGCUGCCUGUAUCUACCUACAUAUGUGUGUACAAUGUAUCUGUAUAUGAACAGUCUUGUGAUGAGCUGUAUAGGUUGCCCUUCUUCAUGUUGACACGUUCCUGUUGUGUUGAGCACAUUCAAUAAGAGGUGUUCAUGCCAUACGUAAAAACCUCGGUUGAGCCACCUCAAUCUGUUGUACUGAGAACUGUACGUAUUUUUCUUCAUGAGUGUGUUUCAACCUGCCGGUGGUGCAUAGUGAGAUAGUACAAAGAAUGGAAAGAUUAAAGAACAUGUAUAUAUGCAGAAGUGGCAUUGUAAGUGACAUUUUGUAAUUUCUCUUUUCUGUGCUAUGUCAUUGUGUGCAAAGGCAAUGCACAUACGCUUUUGUUGUCUUGUUUGUGUACAUCAAAAUACAAGGGGCUUGGCCAUUGA